AUUAUAUUUCAGAGUUUGUGUCGAUAAGGAUAGAUGUUCCGUGGACUAUGUUUUGGAUCCUUGCUUGCUUGACCAUAAGGUCAGUACUGGGAAGCUGGACAAGUCAAGAUAUUUUCAUCAACGUGAAUAAACCAUUCGCCUAUAUUGGAGAUAAUGAUGUAACAAUACGAUGUGAAGCCCAAGGCACAAAAAUUGUAAAAGCUGAAUGGAUAACGUUACUGUUAGAAGGUCACUCAUAUGAAAGGCCCAUGGUCAAUAUGGUCAAAGCACCGACUGGUCACGUGUUUGAGUGGGGAGAAGCGUUCAAUGUGACUGACCUUCAGCAGAGGAUGUCCGUUAAUGGAAGCCUGGAAGGCACCGUUUUUCUACAGCUGGAUAUUCACGAGGCUAAGUUUGAAGACGGUGGGAGAUACACGUGUAAUUAUGGAGGAUUGGAUAAAAAUGAUAGGUUCCUGGAAUUCCACGAAUCUGAAGAUUUCUUUGUACAGUAUCAUAUCAUUCAAAGUAAUUACACCGGUGUUCUUAAUCCAAAUAAAGAUAUUCUCAUUACCAUUAACAAGCUGUCAGCUUAUAUUGGCGAGUCUGGAGUUCGUUUAAGGUGUGAAUCCCCAGGAAACGUAAUCAUAGACCCAAAAUGGAUAUCAAUAAUGGUCGAGGGCGUAAAAUACCAAAGUCCUCUAGCAAACAUGUUCAGACCUAUAAAUAGCACAAGAGGUUUGUUCGAAUGGAGCGACGAAUUCAACAUCACUGAUCUACAGAAUCGAGUUAUGUAUUCCGGAAGUCUAACAGCAGCAAAUCCAUAUAUGGAGCUUGAGUUCAAGGAAAUUAAAUGUGAGGAUAGCGGCCGAUACACCUGUAUACUAAAUGGAUUGGACAGCACGGGAAAUUUGACUCAGUUUUCUAGUUCUGCCGAUUUUAUUGUCAAGUCUUUAAAUGGAGAACCGACUAUCAAAGACAAACAAGACAGAGUGGUUCCCAAUAAUACAGCACUUCACAUUAGAACCGGUGGAUUCAUUUAUUUCAACUGUGAAGGGGUAACUGGAAAACCCAAAAUACCUAUAGUCUGGACAGAAUCAAACGGAACAACAGAAAGGGUGCUGAAGGAGGGAGAUGGCGCCGUGUCUGGAUUGGAAAUUAUCCCUGACGAUGAUUUAUGUAGAUUCCAUUCCCAAGUCCAUCUGUAUUAUAUUGUACCAGACAAACCCGUCACAAUAACGUGUAAGAUAGCAUUCUCUGUGACUAUGGUGCACAUCAUCCCCGCAGGUCAAACUGUAAACCACAACAAGACGCAACAUACACAAAUGGUAACCAACAGCUUAUCUGUCGUGACACCAGCCGCUACUGUACCACCUCAAUUCAGCAACAGAACAACAAUACAGUCUACAUCUUCAACAUCUGCAUCAUUAACAUCAACAACGUUAAUGACAGUGCCAAGAAGUACAUUUGGACCAACUUCUAACUCAAUACUGCUAACAUCAACAACUGCGCCAUCAACAACAAAAUCAACAUUUUUAACUUCAACAACAGCAACAACUAAAUCAAAAUUGCUAACUUCAGCAACAGCAACAACGACUAAAUCAACACUAUUAACGUCAACAACAGUCAUGCCAACAACUAAAUCAACAUUGUUAACGUCAACAACAGUCGUACCAACAACUAAAUCAACAUUGUUAACUUCAACAAUAGCAGCACCAACGACAACUAUAACUUCUACGCUGUCUCCGUCAGCACUAUUAACUACAACAGCGGUGCCAACAAAUACAGUAAUACAAACAAAGUCACCUUUAAUACAAUUACUAUCGACAUCAAGUCAAGCUGUGUAUAUCAUUCACAAAAGAAGACAUCAGACUGACCUCCAUGAGAGACGUGUUUCUCAGAGAGAUAAAGAAUAA